GCCUCCGGGGGUUCCCCAGCCCAGCCCAGGGCGGCGGCCCCAGGCGUCACGUACGGAGGCGUGUACGUCGCCGUGGCGGUGCAGACGUUGGGCUUCAACGCGGACGCCUUCCGCGACCUGGUCACGCGGCUGGGAGGUGGUGAGGACACCACUUUGGCAGACCUGUUUUCCGUCUUCGAGGCCGACCUGAAGACCGCCCUGGCAGCCACGACGGGGUCAGGCGGCCAACCGCUCACGGGGAUUGAGCGCGGCCGUUUUGUGCGGCAGCUGGGUGAGCUCGGGGCAUUGGGUGGCUUCGACCUUCCGCAGCUGGGCAUCUUCACGCCGCAACGCCCGGCACCGGCAAGGGAGGAACCGCCGGCGGGGGUCCGCGGCCGGGAGCUCAUCACCGUGAUCAUCCAGGGGGACCGGCGGGAGUACCGCAUGCUCGAUAAGGCCAAGCUCAAGGAGGUCGACGAGACUUUCGAGGCCACCAACGGCGGCCCCACGGCAGACUACGAAGACACGUCACCGGAGCAGAUCUCUGCUUUGGCUUUCGUGCUGGCGCAGGACGAGGCCCCCUACACCGACUUUGGCAUCUGGGGCCCGUUCGGGAAGCGGACCGCCAAGUUCCUCAGCUUCCGCGCCCAGGUCUUCGUCGCCGGCGAGUGGGUGACCAAGGUCGUGCAGGGCCCGCCAAACUUCGCGGCAUGGCGCCGCGGCUGGAGGGUCUUCCGCACGGCUGCCCUGAAGCUCGGCCUCAGCGUGGCCGGCCCGCUCGAUGCCUACGAAGAGGGCGUGCGGACCGUCUCGGCCUCGUUCCGGGACAAGUGGGGGCUGAUCUGCGUGGUUGAGGACCACAUGCGGUCAGAGCGCUGGGAACGCGUGCGGGUCCUCAUCGAGCGAUGCGUCUCCGCGGGGAGCCUGAAGCAGCGCUGGGACCCCAACAGGCCAUGGGGAGCUGUCCUGGCAUACAGUGCGUACGGCACGGGCGAGGAGGGGCAAUGGUGGUACCGCCACCUCGACCUCCCGUGUCUCCAGAGCAGCGCAGUCAAGGCAGCUGCGGGCCGGGUCGCCGACGUCGAGGGCACGACGGGCCUCGAGCAUAUCGGGCUUGGCGCCGGCUCGGUCGAGGGGACGCCGCGAGGGGAUUUCCCGGCUGGCAGGGACCGCCCCAGGCCGGCGCAGGAGGAGCCCGACCGCUCCCGCAAGCAGAGGCGGGUGGAAGCGCAGGUGACCCGCUUCCAGAACUUCAAGGAGAAGGGCGCCCGGCCCGACGGCCGCCACGUCAUCGACGAUGACGGCGUGGAGCUGUGCUUCGCCUGGAACCGCGAUCGCACUGGGUGCGCCGCGGGGGCGUGCCCGCAGCGCCGCGGCCAUCUUUGCGAGUGGUGCUUGGGGCCGCGCCGGGCCGUCGACUCGUCCUGCCCGAAGCGCCCGACCGAUUGGAAGCCCCCUGAGAAGGGCGGGGGCCGGGGUGCGCGGGGGGCGGCGAGCCGCCCCGGCUCUGCCGGGACGCGGCAGUACCCUUACCAGGACAUCCCCGAGAAGAUCAGCGGGCUGCCCAGGAACCUCCCGCGCUGGAGAUUUCCAGGACAGCCAGACCAGGAUCCGCACGACCGGGCAAGGGUGUUGCCGCACCCUCUCCGCGGCACGGCGGAUCCCAGUGCCCGGGAGCGGAGGUCCGCAGAGGACGGGGUCUGCACGGCAGGGUUGCGCAACCCCGCACAAGUGGUGUCUCAGUGGCCGGAGCUGCGCCAGACAAUGGCAAGGGUGAGGGCCGCCCUGCUCCCAGUGCGCGCGGGGCCCCGGGAGCUCUGGGGCCUUGCAGGGGCGUGCGGGGAACGCCGGGCACGGGCACCGCCGUCAGAGGCGGCCGUUGACCUUGCGCGUCGGGCCGUCGGCGCCGCGCUUGGCCUCGACCGGCGAGCCGUGGGCGAGCACCAUCCGUCGCCCCCUCUCCGCCACCGCAUUGUGCAAGCCGUGCUCAGGCAGCCCCAUGACACGGACACGCACGUGGGGGCCUGGCUACAGCAUGUGGCAUGCCACCAGUGGCUGGGAAUAGCGUACGCGACCUGGGCAGGUUGCUCUGUGAUGGCCCUGACAUCCGAGUUCGUUGGCGCCUUCCUGGGGUCGCUGCAGCCGUUCGCAGGCGGCGCGCCCUGCGCGCCCUUGGCGGCGGCGCGUUCCAUCACUGGCAAGGGCUCGCGCGUGGCGCAGGUAGUGCCGACUGCAGCACCUUUCACCGCCAUGCUCUGGGCCGCCCUCACCGCCAGCGCACGGGCAGUGGAAGAGGGUCGCCCGGAGGCCCCGCCAGGGCACGUGGCCGUCGCGCGCUUUCGGACAGCCGCGCGACGGUUCAUGGCCCUCCUGUCCGAGCCGACGGACCUCGAGAGGGCGGGGCAGCCAUGGCAGCCGCGAGGGCAUGAGUGUUGUGUCUUUCCAUUGCAGCGGAUGGUGCGGCCAGCGUCAGACGCGCAGGCCCUCCCGCCAGCGCCAGUGCUGGCGACCUUCGACGCAUCACCCUGGGGCCGCGGUGGCAUCCUUUGGCGCGCCGCCGAGCCGGUGGAGUACUUCGUGGUCACGUGGGACUCCACGAUCCUCGCGUUGUUCGAGGCGGAGGCGGGUGUUUCACGCUGGCAAUUGUUAUGGGGAUUCGUGACGCUGCUGGUGUGCCUCCUUCUCUGGGGGCGCCACGCGGUGGACCAUGUCCUGACGAUCCACGGUGACAACGUCGCUGCUCUCCAGGACGGCCUCGCGAUGAAGGGGCGCGGCCGCAUGCUGGAUGUCGCGCGCGAGAUCGCGUGGCGCAAAGCACGCUACAACUGGACGUUCACGACAGCGCACAUCCCCGCGGAGCUCAACGACGAUGCUGACGCCUUGUCGAGGCUGACGGCUGCGCCGCCAAAGAAGCUGCCGGG